AUGCUGGCCACCGAUCUGGCCGACCAUGACGAUGCCGAAUUCGAGGACGAGCUCAACAACCUCAUGGCCGGCGAGUCUCAUCAGCUGCCGACCGACACGCAGACCGACCUGCCAGCCACAUCGAUCGAAGAGCUUCCGGUCCUCCCCCCUGUCCCGACGCACGACCCGCGGACCACCCUCCCUGCGAUCGACGAUACAGCCAGCUCCAGCGACGAGAAGGACGACCAGACCGAGGCGGAUUCCGCGCGCCCGGCCAAGACCCCCAGUGCCUCCAAGAGGCAGCAGGUGGCUGCGUAG